CAUUAUUGGAAUUUGGAAUCGAUCAUUUUGGAGGAUACAACGUAUCAAUUAUAUACAUUAUUUAUUUGAUUAUUGGAGUUUGUCUUUUAUCUUUCAUCAUUGAUUAUGGAUUUUCACGUGCAGAAUGUAUAAUUCUUCAAUCUCUAAACAAUUGUUCACCUUUGGUAUCCUAGGUAACAAAAUUAUUCAUUAAUUGAUUAUUUUCAUUGUGGAAAAGGCAUCCUAGUCAAUAAAUGGCAUAACAUUAAAAAUUCUGUAAUAGUUUGUUUGGAUUUAAAAUUAUAAGGUGUAUGCACACAAGUCAUUGAUUCUGUGACAAAGGGAAAAUCCACUGAUCUGAAUAACCUGAACAAAGUGUAAAUAAACUGAGGAACCUUUCUAUAGUAAAUGUUUAUAGUAGAGUGCUGAUUUAGUUACUAUAUGAUAACUUCAAGUUGUGCAAGAUUAUAAACACCUAUUAUCUACUCAUCAACAAGCAGCACAAUGAGACACUGUUAAAUAAUGUUAAGUCAACUUGGAUUUUUUGGAUGGUAUCCCAUUGCUUUUUAUAGAACGUUACUAUAAUUAGAGAGUAGAUUUGAAAACAACAUGUAAAUGAAUUUUGUAUAAUCAAAGUGACACCAGGGUGUUGAGUGGUUGGAGAAGGAUGGUUAAUGUUAUCUGCGAUUAUGUCCUCAAAUCACUUGUGUUUACCUUGAUAAUACAGGUUUUGUUUGAUGCCUGUCAGAACAAACAGAGUUGCCAAGUUCUAGCCAGUACCUCAACUUUUCGCCAAGAUCCAUGUGCUUUCACCUCUAAGUAUUUAAAGGUCAAAUACAAGUGUAGUCCUAGUGAUUUUAAGAACACAACAGUGUGUGAAAACCAACAGAUAAAUAUUCGUUGUGAAAGAUCUCAAAGAAUUGCAAUUUACUCAGUGUUAUUUGGUAGAGCUACAACAAAUACACCAAAGUGCUUAACAAAUGGUAUUGGCUAUGCAGAUUGUAAAUCAGCUACUGCCACAGAAGAAGUAAUGAAAAGAUGUCAUGGUCGUAAUCACUGCGUGAUAGAAGCUGAGGAGUAUGUGUUUGGUAACCCAUGUCCUCCGGGUGUACAAAAAUACCUUUCCAUAUCUUAUACAUGUGUGCCAAAGAAGAUUUUAAAGGACAGAUUAAGACACCAUGGAAAAAAUGGUUUUCACAGAAAGAAAAAAAGAAAGAAGAAAAAGCCAGAUAAAAAAGAAACAAGUUCAAGCAUUCCAGAAACUGUUACCUUUAUAGAAAAAGUGCUAAAUACUGAGGCCCCUGUAAAUAAUAAUAAUAAUAUGUAUCCAGCAGAUGAUGCACAGCAACAAGACCUUGUGAGGAAGGGAGAGUUGCAAGUAAAUCCAAACAAAUCCUCCAAGACUCAGGAGGAGGAGGAGAAAUCCAAUAUCUCUACAGUGCUAUGUAUAAAUACUACAAUCAAAUCUACAGUUAGUCAGGGAAACAAUGGUGCUAUUGGACUGGUAACGGACUGGUUCAAUUCUUUUUACUUCAUCUCUAAAAAUGAAGAAAAAGCAAUUCUUUAUCUUGUGAUUGGUGUUUGUUUUGGAAUAAUUUGUCUCUUAAUUGUGGUUGUGAUAAAACUGAUAAUCAGAAACAAACGUCAACGUAAAUCAAAGCUGGACGUAACGGACCCAGUACAUAGUAAUCCACCUCCCCCACCAAAUCAUACCGAGGUUCCAACUAUGUCUCGGACUGACUCUGUAGACAGGAUAGAAGUUGUUAGGUUUGAACCUCGUGGAACUUUUAGAAAUGGUGAACGUUACAGACCACGUAGCAUUAGAAAUCUCGAUAGUGACGAUCCAUUUGAUUCUCCCCAUGUAGAUCAUGGAGAUCCUUUUCAGCGACGAGGGACAUUAUUAAGUCUUGAUCAGAAUGACAGAGUGAUAAACAACUAUUAUGGCUAAGUCACAUGAUAUUAAGGUGCUCUUUUUUUAAUCUGUGUAACAGUUCAGAUUGUAAUGUAGUGAUUGGAAUGUUAUAGUAAAUGUGUGCAAUGAUCUGAUGUGAAAACUAUAUCUGAAUAUUUGAUGGUUGUAGCUUGAUCAAAACUUUAUUUGUACAAGUGACUAAAAGUUCAAAUUUGGAGUUUGUGUAUGCAUUGAUGGAUAUUUCAUGUUUUGUUUGUUACUGUGUGUUUGGAAAUAUUUUUAACAAAUUGCAAUAAUAUACAUUUAUUUUAGGGUAACAAAGAAAGUUUACAUGUAUUUGAGAAGCAUCUUAAAUUUUUUGUUGUUGUGUAUCUACAUUUUCUGUCUUCAAAUUUUGUACUUUUCAAAAAAUAUUCUUUUGUUAUUUAUCAUUACAAGUAUGCAAGACAAUUCAGAUCUAGUUGAAGUUUUUUAGUUCAUUCAAGACAUUCUUAAAACUGUUAAUUCAGAUUUUUUUUUCAAUACAUGAGUUUAGUAUCAAGAAACCUUAAACUUAAAUUUUAGCAUUAAUUUUGUCAGAAGUUUUUUUCAUAGAGAGUAGUUCUUAUUUAUUCAUGUAGGUAUGACCAUGAAGUUAACAUGAGGCAAUAAAUGUCAAUAUUUUAUACAUUAGUUAAAAGAUACCAUGAAAUAUAUGUGACAACGAAUACAAGAACUCUAUACCUCAAAUGAAAAUGUCUGAUUGAAAGAAUGUUUUAUAAUCUAUAUUCACCAUACUGUCAAUGGCUGUAUCAAAUAAAGGGCAAACUGUUAAUUCCGUUCUUUUAAAACUAUUUAAUAAAUAUACAUGUACAACCAAAGUUCAAUGUUUGAACUACAUACUAUGUAUUUUGCAUUUAGAUCUAGAGUAGAUAUGGAAAUAAUUCCAUAUAAUUUGAAAUAGGGCAGUGUAUUUGAAUACAAUGUGUUUUGGACUUUGUGAGUCUCUUUCUUAGUUAGAAACAUAUUUGACCCCUGCUGCUGUGUUUCUAAAUAGAAUUAUUUUUGGGUUUACAAAGGGAUCAUGUCUACCCUCUUCUUUUUGUCAAAACUAUUAAUUUGUUCUGCCUUCUUGUUUCCAUGUCAUACAUUCACAAUUUAUUGCCCAUUUCCUAAAGUUGUUUUGGCCAUGUUGCAACAUCACUUCAACAUCACAUCUUUAAGAGCAGAUUCAUAGCUGAUACAUGCAUAAAAGAUAGGUCAAUACCCUUUAUUUGUACUGCAUUCUAGGAUUUAGUAUAUUCUUCACAUACCAUAAUUUAAGUACCUGUGACACAAAUAUGAUGUUCUGGCCUUGACUAAAGUAUCUCAUAUUGAAAUGGCUUCCAAGUCUAAAGUUUUGUAGUACAGAUUUUGAUCUGUGUAAAGCUUCACACAACUGUUACCCAUGAUCAAAGUUUGUGUUUUGACCUUGAUACAAUGUCAUAUCUGUAAGGCCAAGGUCAGAUAAAAAAAAAGAAUCCGGUUAGGGCAAUAUUUGUGUACUAUGUUCUUAGAUCCAAAUAAAACCUCGGUGAGUAAAGUUUAAGAACCAAGGUCAAAUUAGUUGGUUAAGGUUACAGCAAUAACGCUUGAAAUAAUGUCAGUCUUAUCAAAUUUCGUUUCAUUUUGCUAAAGCAAAUGGUGGUGAAAUCAUUCUACUGUAAAACAGAUAAAAAAGAUUAAGUUUGAUGUAACAUCUCAUUUUGUGUUUUAUAAUAUGAAAUUCUAUUUUGUGUAUGUUGUUAUAUGCAUGUAUGUUAUUUAUAUAUGUGAAUGAACAAAUUCUUCCAUUUUACAUUUAGUUAUGGCAGCAUUUUUAUACAUAUCUCACUGCUUUUAAACUUUAUAUAUUAAGAUCAUUUUAGCUUAUUUGUUAUGAAUUAUGAAAGAAAGUUUUUAAGUACAUUAAAUUUUAUUUUAUGUUUACAGUUUUUGCAAUGUAUUUCUAUUUUCAUUUCAUGAUGUUUUUUUACCAAAGCUAUUUUAUAAAAUAUUCUACACAAUAAUUUUUUUCAUACUUUAAUGAUGUCACUGAGCAGUUUCUCUUGCAGUUUAAAUCAUGAAAAAAAUACAUAACUUUAAACUAUUUGUAAUGUUGACUAAAUUUCAUAUUUUAGAUUUUAUUAAAGUUAUGUUCUUAGUUGGGACGUAAAAAUAAUUAGCAUAACUAGUUCAUAAUUUCACAGUUUGUUUAAAUAUAAGGUUGUUCAUGUAUAAAUUUGAAAUAAAAGCUAUUCAUAAAUGAGGUUACUUUUUACGAAGAUUUUAUUAUAUAUUAAAAAAAACAUAUUUAUGAAAACUUAUUAUUUGAAAUUGAUAUAAAUUAGUAAAAAUAAAGGUAAAUUGGUUUGCUUGGUUUUUUUUUACAGUUGAAAUAUUUGAAAAACAUGAAUAGAAAAAAAAAUGUUUGAGUUUUAGUAAGAAAUGAUAAGGGUAGAGAGUUGUCCUAGAUAUGCAUGAAAUAUUUGUCACUGGACAUACAACAGUCAUUCAAUCAAUCAUUUAGGAUAGAAAGAAUGUUAAAAAAUUUACAAAUUAUAUAGAUGGAGCAAUAUCUGAAAAUAUUUUUGAAUUAAUGAAACAGGAUAAUUUUUUUUACUGCUGAUUCGGUCAUCAUCAAUGUUGUCAUGCAUUUUGUAAACAGGAUGCAAUUUUUGAAUUCAUAAAAGGGGGAAAUUUGCAUUACUGCAGAUUUGGUCAUUAUCAUCAUUGUUGUAAAACACUAUGUAUUUAACUCUUAUAUUAGAACUUUCUUAAGAUAAAAAAUGCCUAUAUGUUAUGUAAUGGUAGCUUAUUGUAAAUACACUAAUUUUCACACCAGGGCACCUAUUCAUCUAUCUACUAGUCAGGUCUAUGAAGAGUUACCUGCCCAUUUUAUGAAAUCAUUUUUGUUAUGUAUAUAUUGUACAGCCCAUUAAUUUAUAUUUAUAUAUACAAGGAUGCAAUAUAUAUAUAUUUUUGUGUAUUUUGAAUUAAAAUUCUGUUAAUGAG